GCAGCAACUCGCACAGCUCGGUCUUCCAUAUCGGCCCCGCCGAGUAAAGCAGGCAGACCGAGUGUUCAGGGGGCGGUCUCGGCGCCCACAGGACUGUCUAAGCGUCCUGCGUUGCGACCAGCGGCUUCUACUAGGGUGUCGGAAGAAGCGGAUCCUGGAAUAAGCCCCCAGUCGGAGGAUUUCGAGGCCGGCUCUCCUGAUGCUGAGGGGGAGUCUCCAGAUGAUGGGGAAUCGGUUCCCAGGCUCUCCAGGCCAACACCGAGCUCAUUGCGCGCGGGUUCCGCCAGUCAAAAGCCACAGCCAUCUUCUUCGCACCGCCAAUCUCUCGGCGGCACUGCCGUGUCGCGGGAGCUGGAUGAGCUGAAAACCAAAUUGCGGGUGAUGGAGAAGAAACGGGCCGAUGAUCGAGACAGGCUGAAGGCCCUCGAGCAGUUGCAGUCGGAACGAGACAAGUUUGAGGGGAUCAUCCAGAAGUUGCAGGCGAAAUACCAACCCCAGCAGUUAGAGAUCACCGAUCUGCGCAAGAAGCUGAAAGAUUCAGAAGCCAGGCUCGAGGAGAUCGAGCGACUCCAGGCGGAGCAUGACUCACUCAUGGAAAUGGCUACGCUGGACCGCGAAAUGGCAGAGGAGACCGCGGAUGCCUUCAAAAACGACUGCGAUGCGCUAAGAGCCAGGGUGGAAGAACUUCAGCUAGAAGUCGAGAUUCUGCGCGAAGAGAACGAAGAGCUUGGUCAGGUCAUGAGCCCCGAGGAGAAAUCGAGCCAUGGAUGGCUGCAGAUGGAAAAGACCAACGAGCGCCUCCGAGAAGCGCUCCUCCGUCUGCGUGAUAUGACCCAGCAGCAGGAAACAGAACUCAGGGACCAGGUCAAGGAGCUCCAGCAGGAUUUGGAGGACUAUGCUGCUAUCAAGUCCAAGUAUGAAUCGACCAAGGAGAAAUUGCUUGUGUCGGAGAACAACGUUGAGGAUCUCAAGCAGCAGUUGGAGACAGCUCUGGGGGCUGAAGAGAUGAUUGAAGAACUCGCAGACAAAAACAUGCGGUAUCAGGAAGACAUCAACGAACUGAAGGCCGCGAUCGAGGACUUGGAAGCUCUGAAGGAUAUCAACGACGAACUGGAGUACAACCACAUCGAGACAGAGAAACAGCUGCAGGAGGAGAUCGAUUACCGGGAAGGCCUCUUCAACGAGCAGUGUCGGAGAAUCGUCCAGCAAGACGAAGCCAUCGACGAGCUGGAAUACACCCUGGUCCGCUUUCGAGAACUGGUUUCUGCCCUGCAAGGAGAUUUGGAGGAUAUGCGAGCAUCGCAGCAGAUCUCCGAAGCCGAGGCCACCGAUCUCACAAGUCGUUCUCGUACCAUGAUGGAUCUCAAUCUGAAGCUUCAGGCAUCUGUUGCGAAGACACAGACCAAGACAAUUGACAUCGAGCUCGACCGCAUGGAUUCAGAGGAGGCAUCCCAGCACCUGUCUAUCUUGAAGUUGUAUCUCCCCGAGUACUACGAGAGCGAGAAGAGUGCCGUUCUCGCGCUUCUCCGCUUCAAGCGCGUUAGCUCCAAGGCAACAUUGAUGAACAACACUUUCCGUGAGAAGAUCUCGGACCAAGCCUCCAUAUCCACCGUUCUGGAGGAUGUGUUUGUUUCCCAUGAUGUCAUGGAGAAGCUGCAAUGGAUUGCUGCAAUUUGCAACCGUUUCGUGAACUACAUCACUGGCUGCUCCGCAGAAGGCUUCGAAAGCAUAAAGGGUGCUUUGUUCGAGAUGGAGCCGGUGGAGCGCACCUUGAACUUCUGGAUCGAAGCCCUGAAAAAGAACGACGUCAACCUGAAGAAGUGUGGCGUCGAGCUGCAACGAUCCAUCGCACUCCUGUCCCAUCUGGCCGAGACUCUGCUCCCAAUCUCUCUCGAGACAUUUGCCGACGAACUUUGCAUGCGCUCGAUGUUGGCCCAAUCCUACAUCGACCAUGCUGCCUCUGCAGUAUCACGGCUGAGGUCGUUGUUACAGUCCAAGCUUGUGGCCCCGGAAGGGAACGACGAAGAGCACACAUUCCUCUACAACAAGAUGGAAGGGCUUGUCUCUCAAGCUCGCGGACUCAAGGUCGCCAUGGGAAAAAUCUACCGGUCCCUUGAGGAGCUACGCUCAAGAUCCCUUGGUCUGUCGCAUGACGUUGUUGGGCCCUUCAAGCAAGCCGAAGAAGCCGCCAAGGACCUGUCCGAUAUGACCCGCCAGCUGGGAGAGAACAUCGUCCUGCUGGUUGUCGACGAGAGCCGCACGGAGGCUCUGACCCUGGAAGAAUCCCUGACGACCAUGUCUCAAAUCUCCACCCUGUACGCCCAGCCCUCCGAGACCGGGAGCGAAAGCAGCGACACCAUGUCCCUCAUCGGCAAUCGGCUACGCAGCCUGGGCGGCUUCCUCGAAGAGCUCGACUCAAUCACCUCCGAUCUAUCCAUCACCACCGAGUUCGAAACUCGCCCCUCCCCCUGGACCGUCCGAGCCGAAGAACUCAAGUCCAACAAAACCAUCUCGCCCGACGCCGACGAAGAGAUCCGCCGCCUCAAGAACGAAAUCCACGAAGCGUCCACCGCCCUCGGCGUCAAAGACAAGACCAUCGAAGAGCAGACCAUCAAAGUCGAGCUCGUCGAGUCCCGCAUGCGCGAAGCCAGCAAAAAAGCCUCGAUGGUCAAAGACCUCGAAGCCGAGAUCGAAACCGCGCGCACCCAAAAGUCCGACCUCGAAGCCACCGUCCAAGCCCAGCGCAAGGACCUCGCGGCCCUCGAAGCCGAACGCGACGACUUCAAAUCCCGCCUCGAAAAGCUCAAACGCAUCUCCGGCACCACCGGGGCCACCAACCCCGAAGGCGUCGUCGUGGACCCGGGCCUCUCCCUCGCCGCCAUGCGCGAGAACGAGGCCCUCCGCGCCGAGGUCGAAAGCCUGCAAGCCGCCGUCCGCUACCUCCGCGAAGAAAACCGUCGCGUCAACAUGCUCGAUCCCUUCUCCGUGCAACGCUCCGCCGAAAUGCACUCCUGGCUCGACGUCCCUCUCACCGAGGCCCCCCUCUCCCCCCACCGCGAGAAACUCCACCAAACCGCCUCCGAAAGCAGAGACGUCUUCACCCACCUCCUCAAACUCACCAAGGACUCCUCCGUCGUCGACCUCAAAUCCACCACCACAACCACCUCAUCACAAGAAACCACUACCCGCGGUACCUGGCGUCCCGCGAAAUCCAAACUCCGGUACCAGGUGCUCCAGCAGCGCGAGAACUUCCAGCGCUGGGCCGAAUGGCGCGACGAUAUCAUCACCCAUGAACGCGAGCAGGACCGCGUCGCUGCUGCCAAGAAGAAUAGGCUUGUCCGUGGUCGUCCGCAGGGUCCUCCGAUCGCUCGGAAUAGUAUCUAUGGGUUGCCGCAGGGUCUGGGGAUAGGGCGCACGUGGGAGGUUCUGGGUAUGGUUGAGCAUGAUAGUCGGAAGGCGUUUGAUCGGUCGUUGGAGACUGUUGUGGCGCCGCCUUUUUAGAUUAUCUGAUGAGUGAGUGGGUGAUUGACUGAUGGUCUGGUUGGUGGGGUUUUUGGAUGUGUGGGAGGAGAGGAGAGAAUUGGUCCGUGUCGAUGGAAGAUAUCUGUCUGUCUGUUUAUCUGUUCCUUUCACCAUCACUAUACCCCACCAAUGCUGUACCACUAUAACAAGCUAUUCUGUGUAUAUUGUUGACAAGAUACAUGCACAUACAUACAUACUAGAAGGGGGGGGGAGAGAGAGAGGUCUGGCAGGUCCAGAUCUAAGAUUCUCGCGUUUAGUGGCGGACGGACGGACGGACGGACAGACAGACAGACAACAUACUGAUAUGUGACGCUUUACUGUGAUUUAGUUUUGAAUAUAGAUGAUCAGCAGAAGCAGCAGCAGG